AUGACUGACGCCCCAGAGUCGCCUCGCAGGCGUCCCACCAGCACCCAGACUGCCUCCCAUCUCCAAUAUCCUACCCUCCCGCCUCUGACCGCUUCUGUGGAGGAGUGGUUAUCGCGCUCUCGACCCACCAACAUGACGUCAGAUCGACUGAUGGAUAACCCCAAGACCCUGAGUGAGAGCUGGGCUACUCUCAGCGUGUCCGAUCUGCAUUCAGAGGAUGGCAGUCGGUCGGAGCAGACAGAUGCGGGGUCGUUGAUCGACCAAACCAGCCCCGACGAUGUCGCCAGCCUCGAUGGCCGAUACAGUAACAGCGAUGUCGAUGGGCAGGACCAUCCAGCUGAUGACGAAGCAGACGAUAAGGACGAGGCCCAGAGCACGGUCUCGGCCAUGCCGGAUGUUUUUGGUCCUGGGGCCGCUAUCGAUGACAGCAAUCUCACUACCAGACCCGCUUUCGCGGCGCUGAAUUCCAUCGAGUUUGUAGAGCCCGAGAAAUGGCCUGAGAUUGAAAGAGUCGAACUCAAACACACUAUCCGCGUCUUUGACAGUGCGGCAGCUUCGGAGUUGAAGGGUCGGCUCCCGUAUAACUCGACCGAUUCGAUUCUCACGGCGACUGUUCAGCAGACGAUGACGAAGCAGGGCCUCGACCUGGACAAGCCGUUCCGUGUACUGUACAUCGGGCAGCCAGAGUUCCGGAAUAUCAUUCUCGAUAAGAUCGGUGACGUCCUGGUGUCCAGCUCAAACGCCGGCUCCGAGCCCAGCUCCACUGAAUCUUCUCGGUACCAUGUCGUGCCGACAUCGUUUGGGGCCGGUGCCGUGCCCAACUUUGCAGAGCUCCUUCCGAUCCACGUUCAGCUUGUGGUCGAUGAGUGUGUCGAUGCCACAGCCGAUCCUCGGGCAGACCGGCCCAACACAUUACACCUCAACUUCAAGAACCGCCCGUCGUGCAUUUCAUCUUGGACAGGAUCUGAAUACCGUAUCUCGUCCGCGUCGGAAUGGACCCUGCCAGAUGUGGCAAUCCUAUUUGUAUCCGGUCGUGAUGACGCAGCCGCAGUGAGAACCCGGCGCAUCGUCCAUACCUUCUUGGAGCACCAUGGAAUCCCGGCGAUGGUGAUAUCGGAAGAUCCGCUUUUAAAUAUGGUUGGCGAGAUCAUCCCUCUGAACCAGAACAGUCUUCACAUGUGUUUGGAGUCUCGACACCCGCAAACUAGCGAGACUGCCGUUCUCUGGAGAUAUCCCAUCGAUAUCAAGACAUUCGAGAGCAUCACCCCCGGUCAGCUCAACCGAAACCUGGCAUCUCUCGUGGGGCUGUAUCCAAAGAAGACAAACAAGGUCCCCUCCGAUCCUCCAAAGUCUCUGGAUUGGCACACAUUCAUCGAUCCCGAGAAAUAUCCCUGUAAUUGGAUCCCGCCUUCCUACGCAACCCGGGCCCGUAAACUGGCUCCGGUCCUGCGUCUUGUCACUUUGACUUUCGUCUCGGCCAUUGCCCUCACCAUUGGAUACGCAAUUUUCCAGGCCGUAACCCUUUUCCUGGCUCAUGGGAUGGCAGGAUCAGCCAUUUCCAACAUAUUCGCCCCUGCAACUCGCCAAGGAUCCCCUGCAUCUAUUCUGACAUUGGACCGUGUGGGCCAGGCCUCGCUCUCCAUUCAGCCGCCAGCUCAUGUCCAGCCCCUGGACGUCCAACCUUCAGGCUGUUCGACGAUCAAGGAAUCUAUGGGUCUCAUCGCCUCGUCUGCAGGCUCAGAGCCCGAUAACUUUGAGAUUCAAGUCGUCGGCGAUUGCCAUGUCGUCAUCAAGCCCCCUCAAAGCUUUGUAUCAUCCAAGAAGCAACCACGGUUCAAUGUGGGUGUUUCCCGACACAAUCAGGUGUUACCGCAUGAAUUAUCACGGCUAUUCGAUGGGGUCUAUACGCUGAAGCUGGAUCGAGAGGACGCGUGGGGUCUGGUCAACGUGACGAUUGUCGCCAAGUCAAGGCCGCCGUUGAACCAAACUAUGGCCAUUGACUUUGGAACUCCAUGGCUGAAGAUUUCAAACUGGAGACGUGCAGCACAGGCAGUGUCCUCGCAGCUUGCGCGAGACUUGCAGACGGCCCAAACUGGUCUGACCGAGGUGUACGGCCGACUCUGCACGGAUCUGCAGGUGAUUGUGGGUGAUGUGGUGAAGCGAUCGCACUUCUUGCGCCGUGACGCCGAGCGUUUCCGCCGCGAAAGCCUACAUGCUCGGGAUAAUGUCCUGUCGCGUUCCAAGCAGCUCUCGGAGGUCUUCGCCCACACUGCCGUUCAGCGGUUCCGAACUGCCUCCUCUGUACUGUACAGUCGAUCGAGCCGUGUGAACCAAAAGGCCAAGGGCUUUGUCAGUCAUGCCUGGAGUCGUCUUGGAAAAUCGGCGGCGAAAGUUGACUUGCGCGCCAUGAUGGAUCGGGUUCGCCACGCGCACAAAUGCGAGGCGCUGGACCGAGCUCAGGCGCGUGCCCGCCGCGUUCUGGGGCGUCGGGCCUGUGGAAACUCAAAGGAUUGCUCGGCUCGCGGACAUUCGGGGUGA